CAAUGCGAUCAGUUGAAAAACAAAGCUGAAACGUUCAACAACACACGAGUACAACUGCUAAUUGACAAUGGAUUUGGCUGGAAAAAAUGUCGUUUACCUCGGUGGAUUUGGUGGAAUUGGCCAAAAAGCGUGCGCAGAGCUGCUCGAGCGUAAGCUGCAGGCGUUGGCCGUGUUCGACUUGACGCUGAAUGCAGAGAUCUUGGGGGAUUGGCAAUCUAAAUAUCCCAAGACCACAGUUUUCUAUCAGAAACUGGACAUUACCCAAAGAUCGGAUAUAGAGGCUGCCUAUAAAGUGGCUGCGGAGCGUAUGGGACACUUUGAUCUUGUGAUCAAUGGCAUGGGAUUGAUGGAUGAUCGGCAUGUGGAGCUGACCAUACAGAUAAAUCUGCUGGGCGUGGUCAAUAGCUGCUUGGUAGCGUUGGAAUAUAUGGACAAGUCACAGGGUGGCAAGGGAGGAAGGAUUAUGAAUAUAUCCUCGGUGGCUGGCAUACAACCAACUCCUAUUAUGUCCGUCUAUUCGGCGGCCAAGCAUGGCGUAACGGCCUUAACUCGCUGUCUUGCGGGCUCUCCUAAUUUCGAGCGCAGUGGCGUCUCCUUUAUAACCAUUUGUCCUGGCUUCACGGACACCCCAUUGCUCCAUGACAUACGGGAGAAGACAACCUUUCAAAUUGAUUCGGCUAUGAGGGCUAUAAAGCGUCAGCCACCUCAAGUCUGUGCCCAGAACAUGGUAAAGGUCGCUGAACAGGCCAAAAAUGGUACAGCUUGGUUACUGGAUGUUGGGGAAAUAAAAGAGCUCGAAUUUCCAGUGAUGUGGACUCCCCAGCUGGAAGAAUAAUUA